UCGCUUUACAACACUUAAGGAAAUCUCUGCCAAACGUAUUUGUUUAUUGCUGUUUUUAUUGAUAUUUGGCGCUUUAUUUAUGUCAAUUGAAAAUGUCGGACAAUGAAUACGAACGCUUUGAAAUCACGGACUAUGAUUUGGACAACGAGUUCAACAUUAACAGGCCACGUAGACGCCACACUAAGCACCAACAAAUUUACGGCAUCUGGGCGGACGACAGCGACAAUGAAGGCGAGGACGAAAGCAGCGGUCGACGCGGUAGGCGUGGCCUGGGCAGCGGCUCCUCUGGCAAGCCCAAAGAUUACACGGCGCCAGUAAGUUUUGUGGCCGGCGGCAUACAACAAGCCGGCAAGAAGCAGAAGAAGAAGCAGGAGGAAAACGCGGCCAGCGAUGAAAAUGUGGACAGCGAGGCGGACGACAGCGACGAGACGCGUCCAUCAUUUGGGCGCAAACAGCCGCAGCUCAUGGACAACAGCGAUGCCAACAGCUCAGAUAGCUCUGCUGGGCCGGAGGAGCAGCCGCCGCAACAGCCAACAAUACGGAACACAGCGGGUUUCAGGCACACUUCGCACAUACCAAGCAAUAGGAAUGUUGGUGCCUGGGAGCAGCAUACGCGUGGCAUCGGCGCCAAGCUGCUGCUGCAAAUGGGCUAUGAGCCCGGCAAGGGUCUGGGCAAGGAUCUGCAGGGCAUCGCACAGCCAGUGCAGGCGCAUGUGCGCAAGGGACGCGGCGCCAUUGGCGCCUAUGGUCCGGAGACGGCAGCCAGCGUGGGCGGCCAGCCGGCCAAACCGCUCAAGCUCGACGAGGAUGUGCGCGAGGCCAAGGAGUUCAAGGAGCAGCUAAACAAAUGGAAGAAGGGCGGCAGCAGCGACACGCGCGAAAAGUCCAACAGCAAGCGCUACUACUACAAGUCCGUGGAGGAGGUCAUUGCCAAGGGCAAGAAAUCGGAUCAUCUGCUCUCCGAAAAGCUGAGCAAGCGCCUGGGCAAUGUGCCUGUCAUCGACAUGACCGGACCGGAGCGCCGCGUGCUCAGCGGCUAUCAUGCCUUGGCUCAGAACAAAAUCACGCCCGAGGAGACGCUGUACGAUGCGCAGGCUGGCGAGGAGAAGGGCGCCACGCCCGCCUCUGUGUUUAGCAUGCCCGAACUGACGCACAAUCUGCAGCUGCUGGUGAGCCAGUGCGAGCAGGAGAUCAUUGCCAUAGAUAAGUCGGAGCGCGAGUGCGCGGAUCGGCAGACGGCGCUGGAGCACGAGCAGCACCAGCUGCUGGAGCUGGUCCAACUGGAGCGCAAUCACAUGAGCACACUGGAGGCGGCGCUCUCCCGACUCGAGCAGCUCAGCGAGAAUCCCGAGCUGAGCCUGGCGCAGGCGGAACGGCUGUUCCUGGAGCUGCAGCACGACUAUGCCGCCGAGUACAAAGAGUUCGGCCUCGCCGAUCUGGCGGCGGGCGUCAUUGCGCCGCUACUGAAGCGCGAGCUAAGCGACUGGCAGCCAUUGGAGCAGCCCACCCAGCCGCUGCAGCUGAUCAAGCGCUGGCGUGGCAUUCUGCAGCAGGACGAGCCCGAGCUGCUGGAGCAGCAGUCGCGCAACGUUUUCGAUCCCUACUCCUCGCUGAUCUGGGCGGGCGUGAUGCCCUCCUUUAGAUCCUGUGCUGCCAGCUGGCAGCCCAAGGAGCAUGCGCCGAUGGCCGCAUUGCUCGAUGCUUGGGCGCCGCUGUUGCCCACUUGGGUGCUCGACUCGGUGCUGGAGCAGCUAGUGUUGCCGCGCCUGACGGCGGGCGUGCGCGAUUGGGAUCCGCUAACGGAUGUGGUGCCCAUACAUAUCUGGAUUCUGCCCUGGCAUGCCAUACUGGGCGCCAAGCUGGAGGAGUCCAUCUAUCCGCAGAUACGCAGCAAACUGGGCGUGGCACUGCAGGCCUGGUCACCGCAGGAUCGUUCGGCGCGCGCCAUGCUAACGCCCUGGCAGGCCGCAUUUCCCGAGGAGCAGCUGGUGCAAUUCCUGCUGCGCCACAUCAUACCCAAGCUGCAGGCGGUGCUCGCCGAGCUGGUGAUCAAUCCGCUGCAACAGAACCUCGAGCUCUGGCAUCAGGUGUGGGAAUGGCACGAGCUAAUACCCGCCGCGCAUAUGGCCCAGCUGCUGGACAAGCAUUUCUUUCCGCGCUGGAUGCAGGUGCUGGCCAUGUGGCUCAAUCAGUCGCCGGACUAUACCGAGAUCUCGCGCUGGUAUGCUGGCUGGAAGAGCAUGCUGAGCGAACCGAUUCUCCGGGAGCCCUGCAUCAAGGAGCAUCUGCGUCGUGCUCUCGAUAUGCUGCAUCGCGCCACGGAUGCGGUGCUCCAACCCACAACUGCCCCGCCGCCGCCCAUGCCCCCAGUUGCGCCCGCUUCUGUGCUGCUCACACCCGUGAUGCUCGUCGAUGUAAUGCCGCCCGCUCAGCUGGAGUUCAAGGAGCUCGUCUCACAGAAAUGCGCCGAACUGGGCAUCAUAUUCGCACCCCUGCCCGGUCGACGGGAACUGGGCAAACAGAUCUAUCGCGUCGGCAAACUCUUCUGUUACAUCGAUCGCAACGUUUGCAUGCUGAGCGAUGUCAGCUUUACGAAUUGGCAGCCCGUGGCACUUAAUCAACUGCUGGAGCGUGCGCAGACGGGGCUUCUCUAGUCAUGAUUAUUGUUAGAGACACAAAAAGGCUCCCAUCGUACCCCAUUACAUAUGUUAAAAAUAACUCUUGUUCAGUUGUAUAUUUCAUAAUUGUAAAAUAAAUUUAAUAUA